CCUCUGUACAUCGUCGGCUUCAAGCAGGGCCGUACAGAUCUAUUCUUUAGACCUCUUGACUCGACAUCGAGGGGCAGUGAGACGAUUCGGAUAGACGACCUGGUCAUUGUCGAGGCAGAUCGCGGCAAGGACAUUGGACGGGUUGUGAACGACUCAAUCACCGUUGAUCAAGUGGGGUCUUUCCUGAGCAGUCAGGGGGCUGGGCCCUCUUCGUCGGGCCAUCCAGCCAGCGGCAAGUCCAACACACCAGCCACCCGAUCUUCCAUCAACCCGAAACGCCUCUACUCCAAAGCCUCCCUGGCGGAUACUUCCCUCCUAGCCUCCAAGGCCUCAGACGAAGAAAAAGCUCUGAUGAUGUGUAUUCAGAAGGUGCAGCAGCGCAAUCUACCCAUGCGCGUGAUCAGCGCCGAGCUGCAGUGGGAUCGUCGUAAGCUCACCUUUUACUACAUUGCCGGCUCUCGAGUGGAUUUUAGAGCUUUGGUAGCCGACCUGUUCAAGAUUUGGAAAGUGAGAAUUUACAUGAGCCAGAUCCCUGGACCGGAUCAAGAG